UGGGUCCCCAAAAAGUUCAGUUGUGAUUUUGCCAGCUUCAAUGACAGUUCACGUCGUCACGGCUCGUUAAAUCUCCGGCUAAAGCAAUUACAGAAAAAGACAUACCAACAAAAGCAAUUUAAAUAUAUACAAAACACAAACUGACUCUCGGAAACAGCAUUGGUCCCCGUGCGAUCGUGAAUAAGUAAAGUUCCCCAGCAAACAAGCGUUGAAAGUGCCAGUGUCCGCCUGAACCAUGUAUUGUGAAAUCAUUCACUCGGGAUAGUUAUCAAACAUUCAAAACCUUCGAACUGCUUAAAAUCUUCUGGAAUACGAACUAUUUUUUCUCCUGCAGUCCUAGUGACCCAUAGCAGGGCAGUUGCCAAAUGACUGUCGGGACAGAGACAGAGACUAAUUUCAACAAAUUAAGAAGAGGUGUUCUUCUUGGGUCUUCAUUAAAAUAGUGAUCACAAACGAAGCAGCAAAUAUUUUACUCAAACCACGAGCGGCAAUACAGCGAAUUUCUGUUUAAAACAAGCCUACAAAUAAACCCAAGCCUGGGAAUCUGACAUUAAAGGCCAAAAUAUCAACAUCCGAAAAAGAAAAACAGAAACAGAAACGAAGCAGACACUCAAAAAGCCAACUCCGACCAUUGGUAACAAGAAAACUCCAUUCGUGCAAAAAAAAAAAAGAAAGAAAUCCAGCAGAAAGACCAAACGGUCCACAGCUCAGAUCUUAGACAAAAAGCUGCAGCAGCAACAGAUGACGCUUAUGUAAUCAAUCCAGGCACUUUACCACAGCCAAUACAGCAAUCCACUUAAACCAAAAAUUGCUUGAGCUAUCUGGCGACAACAUAUACCACACUGAUAUUCCAGCGAUACAGAGGCAGCUGGUAGAGUACCCGACAAGCACGUCCAGCAUCGCUUGGUCAUAACGAAUGGAGAGAGGAAAUCUCACCGAAGCGGACAGCGGCAAUUGCAUCGGCUCACAGGCGGCAGUGGCAACAGGCAACAAAGUCAAUCAAUGCAUGACCACGCAUGCUGCACAGCAACAGCACGAGAUCAACCUACUGAGCGGCCGUUCGUUGGGUCUACGACGCCAACCCACCAAAUAUCCACACGGGGUGGCCGUUUGUGUGCAGCCCAUCAGCGAUGGGGCACAUCACCAUAAUCAUCGUUCUGCAGAUUAUUCGCGCGCGUCUACGUUGCGAAGCUCAAGUUGGGAUGGCAAAGUAGACGGAAAAUGUCAUUUGGAUGGGAGUAAGGCGCAGCAGCAACAACAGACACACAAGUGCCAGAUGGGAGGCAUGUUUAACAGACCCGUCGAGAAUCUGGCCGAAUUACAGGUGCGCCGCCACAAAUACCCCCUCACCGGCAAUUACUACCUAGACUCGCCAGAAGCGGCAGCCAAGACAUCUUUGAUGACUCUUCAGUUUGGAAAGCGACUCUGCAAAUGGCAGUACUUGCGAUGGCCUUUGAUAUUUGCAGCCAGUGUGUUGGUAUUCUUCGGUUUGAUAACCUACAGCAUUUGGCUACAUGACAUCAGUGUGGCCAGGGAGCGGUAUUUGCAGCAGAAGAAACAGAGCUACGACGAUGAUGCGAUGCAAUCAAAUGGAGUAGCAAAUACACAGCCCACGGAAGGCAGCACGGUGCGGGCGGCAGUAACGGAAAGUGCUCAAGUGAUUAGAGAGUCUACGCUGUUGCGCACACUGAGCUCGAGAUCUCGCCAAAGACCUAGAGAACAGAAGUUGUCAACCGUUGAGUACGGACACUCCAAGGCGGCCAACGCAUGGGAUAAACAACGCAAAGACUCCCCUCAAGAUUCUACGACAAUCGCUGACGAAACCACAACGAUGAUUUCGGAAGCGGCGGCUUUUGUGCCUGCAAAUGUCUUCCGUUUUACAUCUGGCCACCAAAAUAGUUUUGGCGUUCCCAUUGAGGAGGACGAGCGGAUUCUCCGGCUAAUCGAUGGACUUUUCCCCGGGCAUGCCCCAUCCCCGACUACAACUGCCACUGUUGAUUCCAUUGCCAAAGUAUCUCCCACAAUCCCUCCAGUGACACAUAACAAACCCACCGCUCCAAUGAUGUCGGCUAGCAGCAAGCCGACAAACACGCAGGAUAGCCGCUGCUACUCAACUUCACUGGCAAUGUGUCAGGGUGUCCUGGAAUACGACUUGACCUAUAACAUUUCAGCACACAUCACGCCCACGGACCUCAAGGACUACCAGUUGAUGGUAAACUCGAAUUGUUCCGCCCGAUCGGCUGAGUUCAUUUGCGCCGUUUUCGAGCCCGAAUGCAGACCCAGCCAUAUUGGUAUUCUUCCACCCUGCAGGAGGAUAUGCAAAGCAAUUCGCGAAGCCUGCUCCGAAAUAAUUGCAAACUCAGAUUCACUGACGGAAACAUUCGAUUGCAGUCUGUACCCAGAUUCGAGCGACCCUCAACGUUGCGACGAUCCGACCCGGAGGAAGGGUUAUUGCUAUGACAACGAAUUCGAAUGUUAUGACAGCUCUUGCAUUCCCAGGCAAUGGCAGUGCGACAACAUAAAAGACUGCCCGGCUGGCGAGGACGAGGACAGCUGUCUGACAUGCGACCAGCCAGACGAAUUCCGUUGUCGCUCUAAUGAAAAAUGUGUGCCUGAUGAAUCGCGCUGUGAUAUGAAGUACGACUGUUUCGAUGGUUCCGACGAGGAAAAUUGUAGUUCCCAGGACAAUGAAGACGAUUCUCGAUUCGACGCGGACGAUAUCAAUGCUUUCCCUCGACUAUUUUCCUAUGCCGCCAUUUUCCUGCCCAAUCAGACCAGCGACAGUCUGUACACGUACAUAACAACCACGACAGAAGAUCUGAAUACACCCAACCCGCUUCAAUGGCAGGUUGCGAACAAUCGUUCUCUUGGGGUAUCGAAAGAAGAUGUCACGAAUGCUGUUCCAUCGGAGAGACUGAAGGGUUUUGCCAAUUUUCGCGAUAGCAAAGAAAUCAUGAUGACCAGUGAUUCCGAAAACAACUUUGAAAUAUCAGCCACACGCGGAAACCGUUCAACGGGCACGACACCUUUACAGCCAGCAGCUUCGAUUCUGGUAGCGGUCAGUACCGAACCGCCGCAAGAAAAGGUAGUUGCAGCAGUUUGCGCACCCCACGAACUUCGUUGCGUGAGUGGGAAGUGCAUAACGGUGAAUCAACUCUGUGAUAGGAUAAACGAUUGUCCCGAUGGAUUUGACGAGUUGAUGUGCGUCUACAAGGACCGUACCACAACAGCGCGGAGUCGAGGAACAACCAUUCUUCCCAACCCAUUCACAACGUCUGUGGCCAUUAAUUCAACCCGAUCUGACAAAAGAACGAUCAGAACCACCAUCAAACGAAAAGUCAAAGUGUAAAUAGUUGUCGAAAGGACCUCCUGGUAGGACUUCACUUGAUUGAUUGCUAAUAAACAUGUUCAUACCGUGGUUUGAA